UGGCUUUUCAGUGAGUUUGAAGCUUUCGUCGUGAACGGACGUUUUCCUCCUUGAGAGCGUAGGUGCAGUCUUGCGAGAGUGAGCGGACGUUGUUAGGUGUUGUUAGGAAACUCUCGCUGCCCGUAGUGUCGGUUGUCGGGAAAUUCGUCAAUCCUGAUCCACAUAUCCACGCGUGUGUGAGGGGUGGUGACGAAAAAAAAACUGUUUUAUUUUUUGUUUUUCGAAACGUGCGAUUGAUAGUUUUUAAUUCGCGUAUCGGUGUGCUGGAAGUGUUUGUUUUUUUUUGUUGUUGCGUUAGUUCUGCGUUGUUGUUUGUGACCCAUUCACCACUUGACGUAGGUGGAAGAGCCAGUGUAUGCAAAUAAUAUGCCUCGAAUCGGGCAUCUACAAACAAACAUCGAUACGUACUGCCAUUUCAGUUCAGGUCGGCUCGGUCCGGUCCAGAAAGAAAACCGAUGAAAACUGAAUCGGAGAAAUAAGGCUCGGGAAAAAUAAAGGCACCAGAGCGAGAGUGAUAUGUUGUGGACGUGUGGAAGCGACUGCAAGGAAAAUACGAAAGCAGAGAUUAUAAUAAUGAUGGAAAAAUUAAAAUAAAAUGCAAUUAUGAUAAUAACAGAAAACGCAAACGAAGCAAAAUAAAGCGAAUAAACUGAACGACGGUCUGGCGGUUUGAAGUGUGAGCGAAGAAGAACAGCUUAAAAUUCUAUUAGAAGAGUGCAGUGCGGUUUUUGAUGAGGGCUGCAAGUGGGGCAUCCAUCCGCAAUUCGGGCCGGUGAGUGUGAUCAACCACCGGAGGUUCUAAGCACGCUACCAAGUCGCAGACGUCUCUAAUGUCUGGUGGGCCUAGCGGCGAGAAAGGUUUGCAAGAAAGAAAAAAAUAAGUAUUUUUACGAUCAUUUGUGCGUCAAGGGGGCUAUGUGUUAUCUGGAAUAUAGAUUUCACAAGUGAAUUCGAAGCAACGAAAAAAAAAAGCAUCGGAGAAAUAUAAGUAUAUUGCUCAAAUCAAAAUAGUUAUCAUAAAAUUAAAUAUUAAUAAAGAGAAGAGUAGAACAAGUGACCAUAAAACUGAAACCUAUCGGAGUGAGUGUGGGAGAGUGCAGAAUUCAGUGCAGAUGAAAAUUGUGUGAGGCUAUGAUUUCAUGGGUAUAAUUUUUGAUAAUAAAUUUUUAUUGCGAAGUAUUGUAUUGUUAUCAAGUCCGGAUCGUUAAGCUUAUGACUGCUGCGUGUUGUGAACGAAAAAAGUAAAUAAAUACACCGAGAGUAAACGAGCGCCAGCGUGGAAAAAAAGGCAUAAAGCAAAUGAAGAGCUGAGCCGAUUAAUUAUCGGUCAAAUCAGAUUAGCGUGUACCGGCGGCUAACCUGUGUUCGCUUCGGGAGCGUAGAGCUCUCGAUCGGGUACGCCGGUGCGGAUUCAGUCGCCGCGAAAAUUUCCGCCCUACUCGACACCCGCACGGUUCCACAAAAAUUCUGCAAACUGGAACCAUAUGACGUAAGCACGAUGUACGCGUAUGCGCAGGGUGGGUCGCAAGGUCCGCCCCAUUACGCUACACCGAGCAACGCGUACCUGCAGGCGACACACCAUCCUGGCUACCACCAUCACCCGGGAUACCAUGCGGGUCCUUCGACGCCUCCGUCGACGAUCACCUCGUACAACAAUGUACCGGGUCCGUCGUCCCUGCUCGGUCACCACCACUAUGCCUCGCCGCAUCAUAUGCCGCCGCCACCCCCGCCAAUGCCGUCGGCAACGCAUACCUCGGCAUCAGCGGCGGCGGCCGCGGCAGCAGCAGCAGCAGCCGCCGCAGCAGCGGCCGCGGUCGGCGUCAAUCCGAUGCAGACCGAUCCGCAGCUGACGGAUCUGAAUGCACAGUUGGGGAUACCCAAACGAAGAAGAUCUGAUGAGGAGAGUGCUAGUGGUAACAAAUACAACAGAAUGGAAGAGGACAACGUUCAAGACAAGGAACGCUUCGCCAGUAGAGAAAACCACUGCGAGAUCGAGCGGCGAAGGCGAAACAAAAUGACCGCCUACAUCACGGAACUGUCGGACAUGGUCCCAACCUGUAGUGCCCUGGCCCGGAAGCCGGACAAGCUGACGAUCCUGCGGAUGGCGGUGGCGCACAUGAAGGCGUUAAGAGGAACCGGAAAUACCAAUACUGAUGGAUCCUAUAAACCUUCGUUUCUUACCGAUCAGGAACUGAAACACCUGAUCCUGGAAGCCGCGGAUGGAUUUCUGUUUGUGGCUGGCUGUGAUACGGGCCGUGUUAUCUAUGUGUCCGACUCGGUGACACCGGUGCUGAACUACACCCAAAACGAGUGGUACAGUGGGAGCUUUUUCGAUCAUAUUCAUCCGGACGACAUCGAAAAGGUGCGGGAGCAGCUCUCGACGCAAGAGCCGGCCAAUAGCGGCCGAAUAUUGGAUCUCAAAACGGGCACCGUCAAGAAGGAAGGUCAUCAAUCAGCAUCAAUGAGAUUAUGUAUGGGAUCGAGAAGAGGUUUCAUCUGUCGGAUGCGAAUCGGUCCUGUGUCACCGGAGGCCAUGGCCUUGGGACACCUUAAUAGGCUACGAAGGAAAAAUUCGCUGGGACCGUCACCCGAUGGACACAACUAUGCCGUGAUGCACUGUACGGGCUACAUCAAGAAUUGGCCACCGACGGAUAUGUUUCCAGGUGUAACGAUCGACCGAGGCCAAGACGACGAUCUGCACAACACCCACUGCUGUUUGGUUGCAAUUGCGCGGCUACAGAUUACCUCUUCGACCACGGCGAACGACCUGAACGCGAACAACCCGAACGAGUUUAUCACGCGGCACGCGAUGUGCGGGAAGUUCACCUUCGUAGACCAACGUGUGAUCGGAGUGCUCGGAUAUCAACCGGUGGAUCUUCUCAACAAGAGCUGCUACGAUUUCUUCCAUCCGGAUGACAUCGCGCACAUGAAGGAGAAUUUUGAGCAAGUGCUAAAGCAGAAAGGCCAGAUGUUCUCGGUGAUGUACCGGUUCCGGGCGAAAAACAAAGAAUGGGUGUGGAUGCGAACGCAAGCGUAUGCCUUUCUGAACCCGUACACGGAUGAUAUCGAGUAUGUCGUGUGUACCAACAGUUCAGCUAAAUCCCUGCACUCCAGUCACGACACCGUGGGCCCCGCAGAUCCGGUCGAAGCUCCCGUUUCCUAUCAGGCUCCCGGUUUGGACUACUCGAUGCCAAGUAGACGCGAAACGACCCCCUCUAGUAGUAUAUACAAUCCUCACAACUUGAUUUCACACUUGCCAUCACAACCGCCAUCAGCGUCAGCCGCGGCCGCCGUUGUAGCUAAUGCCUCAAUCCAGCGGCCCGACAGUGCGCAUAACCCGGUGCAAUAUAGCUAUAAUCCAACACCUUCUCCUAUUCAAUAUGGUUCCCCUGGUACUCCAGGUGCUUCCGGUUCACUGGGGCACAUUUCUAGAACAAACAACACCUCGCCAACGCCUGCUGCGACUGCCUGGUCGCUACGACAGCCUCAACCCGUUACCGAAGGUUACCAGUAUAGUGAGCUCAGCCCGAAUCGGUCCCCAACCGGGCCGACGUACACCCAGCUUAGCGCGACUGGGUCCCGCCAGACAUCGACGUACACGCCGUCCUCCGCACAACCAGGCUCCGUUUCCGUAUGAUACGAACCUGCGGGAACAGUGAUGUAGGACGAUGUGAGUUUUGCAAUCCGUGUCAACCGAGAAUCCCUGUGACGGCACCACCCGUCUGCACAUUACGCAACGCUCAAGAAAAUGAAAUUUGGGAAUGUGAUGUUGUUACGCCUAUGCUGAUGGCGAUUGUGGUGAUAGUGAUCAUCAGCAUGUUCUUCUUCUAUCGUGUGUGACAAUAAAUUUGAUUGUGGGUUCCCCCUUGUGGUUCCUUAACUAACAAGUGCUGUUCAUCAUUUAUUGUGGGUUCCUGUUUCCCUCUUUACUUUGAACCCUGAACCCUUUUCCAACAAAUAAGUCUUGGAAAAACAUUCAUUGUGAUACAAGAUCUUCGCUUUUAACACUUUAGUCAUUACAUAUCAGAUAUUUGCCAAUUAGGCAGUGUGUGUUGUUCGCUGUUGAUUAUUCUGUUGAUUUCGUAUUCCUUAGUUUAUCGAUUUAUCCGAUAACUCAUGUAGGCUUUUCGUUUUUCAUUAGUUACCCUACUUUACCUAGCGGCUGGAGUGUCAUUUACUGUAUCAAACAUACGUAUCUGACUAACUGGGUCCAUGCCUGCAGGUCAUUCGAAGCAUGGAUACUUCGUAGAUCUCUCUCCACUUGAAUCCAACCGAAACAGAUUCAAGGACCAUCUUCACUGAGUUGUUGUCCGUAAUAUCAAUGACUUGCCAAGCCAGGUGGUUCUUCAACCAGCUGUUGCAAUUCAGGAUUCAUACUUCGUCUCCACAAUCCAUUUUGAAUUGGUAGUUUACAUCAAUGACGCUAACAAGGGUGUGACGAUCAAAAAUUGAUCGGUCAAACUUUUCAUUGAAAAAUAAAAUUUCAAUGUUUCAAACUCAAGGUUUCUUUUAGCGAAUUAAACUUAGAAACAGAUUCCUUAGCAACUUCCCUCGUGUCAGAACGCCAGUCUGAGAUAAACUGCAUCUCGCAGACAACUGUUUUCCUCGUUUUCCUGAGGCGCAGCUUGGUCCAAUAUUUCAUACCACUCAAUUGGAUUUUUCCGUAAUUGUAAGAAGUAAAAUGACAGACCGAAAGAAUUUUCGAUAAAUUAUAUCAAAAGUUCUGUCUACAAUUGACAGUUUUUCUAUUUUUACUUCCUCUUCAAAUAGUACAGCGUAAUCCUAUAUUUUCUGAAAGUUUCUUCACCUCAGACCGGAAGAUGAUUGCUCCGAUCAUCAUGUUACGUCAAAGCAUUGUAAUUAAAUACUACCGAUAGUACCGGUAGUGCCACGGAAUCAAGAAAAUGAGGAUUCUUCCGAAAAUUUUCAUGUCGGCAGUUCUGAUUUUCCUCGAGUUUUCCGUUUAUUCAAUAAUAUCAAUAUAUAUCAGCAAUUGAAGUAAACUCGGACGGGAAGACCAUCGAUUUAAAAGCUAUUACUACUACUUUUCUAGUGUGAACUACGAUUAAACAUGGAAAAUCUUCAGAAAUGUGUAAAAUUACGUUAGGUUUUUACGGACGAACGUGUUUUAAACAGAAACCAGUGUAAUGUUUACGUCCGAGCACUAGCAUUUUUAGCGAUUGAGUAGCAUUUAUUUUGUAUACUUUACUUGUUAUUUCCGGCCAUUUGAAAAAUGGUUUUGAACCAUCCUAAAAAAACUAGUUUUCGCACAAUGAAUUGAGAUCGACAU